UUUCGCUCGUUGGCUGAUAACUAUAGCAAGAUGUCAGGACGGGGUAAAGGCGGAAAGGGUCUGGGCAAAGGAGGUGCCAAACGGCACCGGAAAGUCCUGCGCGAUAACAUCCAGGGCAUCACUAAACCUGCUAUUCGCCGCCUGGCUCGCCGUGGUGGCGUCAAGCGUAUCUCCGGACUCAUCUACGAGGAGACCCGUGGGGUGCUUAAGGUUUUCCUGGAGAACGUGAUCCGGGACGCUGUCACCUACACGGAACACGCAAAGAGGAAGACCGUCACUGCCAUGGAUGUCGUAUAUGCCCUGAAACGCCAAGGUCGCACUCUCUACGGCUUUGGUGGUUAAAUUUUUUUCGUUCUCGACUCAAUAGCAUACUUAAAGGCCCUUUUCAGGGCCACCCA